UACAGUCCUUCCUGGAAAUUGUAUCCUUCCUGGAAAUUGUAUCACGUGAAUUUGCGUCAUAUGGGCCAUUCCAUUGCUGGAAAGGUUAAUGGAGUGGAGUAUUUUAUUCCGGUUGAAUAAGAACAAGAAAAAUAUUAAUGACUACCUCAGAUGCCAUGCUGCGACACUUAUUUCAUAUAUACUUGAUGUUUCGUAUGUAUUGAUUGAUGCUAUGAUAAUAUACCUCAAUGUUUGCAGGUUCUUACCCUUUCUACUGACGUCCCUAUCGUGUCGUCCAUGUGGGAUGUGCCUAUGUUGAUGGAAAUUAUUUGUUGUUUACCCUGACAUAAGGUUUCUAUUUGCUGUGGAAAUGAAGUGCCAAAUGUGCAAAACUGUCAAGUUGUCAAAUGAAUUUCCUCCCAGGAAGAUAACAGAAAAUUGCAGACAUCCAAGACUGCACUGCAUGAGGUGUGUUGUGGCAUAUGUGCAUCAACAUGAGGCCUGUCCUCAUCCAGAUUGUGGAGAGACAAUUGCCACCGAUAGUCAAAUGAUGGAGAUCCUACAACACACCCUGAAAGAAAUGUUCAGAGUAUAUGAUUCGUCAUACACCCCACAUGUCGUUUCUCAAGGUGCAAGUGAAGGUGUCAUACAGGUCACAGUCUUAAAUGGCGAGUCCAUGACCUUGCCUUUCAAACCCAACAUGACCAUUCUUCAGAUGAAGGAAGAAAUUAAGAAUAAGCUUGGGCAUGAGGUCCAGAAACAGAAGCUGCUGUAUAACGUAACAGAGUUGAAGGUAUAUGGGGACUCAGGACAACGAAUGCGACUGAUUGACUAUUCUGUGGAACCAAAUUCUGUCAUACAUUUGGUGAUACUGAUGUUUGCUAUUCCUGAAGGUUUUGACCAUGUUGUGUUUGACCUGUAUUGGGGUUACCCACAGAACAGAGGACGGGACUACCUGGAUGCAAGCUGCCUUCAGUUCAGUGGCCAGGCGAUUCAGCAUGUAGUUGACUAUGGACGAACACAAAAUGAAAAUGGAUCAAUCAGGCAUUCUGGUGAUAUAAUGAAUGAUAUCCAAAGAAUAGGGCAUCACACAAUUCAUGUGUACUUAAGAAAGAUACCUGCCAAUAUCACACAUCUCUUCUUCACCCUAAGUGCAUGGAAUUCUCCAAACAUCGCACAAUACCCAAACCCUAGUUUGAGUUUCUAUCAGGCACAAGAACCACACAAUGACCUAUGCAAAACUAGCUUUACCCAUGCCAAGUAUAGCCAGGCUGUCAUCAUGUGCUCAGUAUCUAGGUCAGCAAGUGGCUGGACAAUAUAUGAAUCUGGAAAACUUUCAGCUGGAAAUGCAAAAAACUACAAUCCUCUUAUCAGCACUGUUAGAUCUUUAAUUUCACAAGGUUACUAACCGAAGAAUGUUUCACCUUCUGCAAAAUGUACAAUAGUAAACUUGGUCAUGAUUUGUAGUUUUUAUGGGUAUAUGCGUAUGAUGCAUUUUGAUUGAUUUAUGUUUCGCUAAACCAAAAUAUGAACUCUUGUUAGUAUGGCAGUUAUGUUAAGUUAAGUCCAAGUCAGCAGUUUGGUACUUCGAUAAUGAAACAAUAUAUAUCUUAAGUGUAACCAAGCACAAAACAUUGACAGCACUGUUUUCAUGUAUUGCAGGGGGAAAAGUUCAUUAGCAGAAGUAUAUUUUGUUUAGACACUUUGUUGUUUAUCAGUAAGAUUCAUAUUUGCAGUCACUGUGUUUACCUGUAUUGUCACAAUAAAGUCGAGGUAUCCCUAUGGCAGUAAAAUAACAAUGCUAUACCAUUGGAAUACUUUGUCAAGCGUCCAUCAGUACUGAAGUGUUGUUGAAAGUACUUAGAUAGUGAAGGCUAGAGUUAUUCCAAGGACGGAAAAGACCAAGUUCAUUUUAGAAAUGGGCAGUUAGUAUACAAUUUAUGAAUCUGUGCAUGAGCUCUUGCACAUGAUUAGGUUAGAAAUGUUGUUGUUUUUGUGUUGAAUGUUUGUAUAUAUACAAAUUGAUCUUAUCAUCAUAAGAGGAUAUAUUCCCUGGUGAUUUUAGCAAAUAUGGUCAUUUUGAAUAGUUGUUUUCUUUGGAUGACCUGUUCACUACAGAAUCAGUCUGCCUAUAUCUAUGAAAUGAAAUGAAACGGUCUGAUACUCAGAAAGUGAUCCACGAGUGAACAGGACUGUUUCCUAUUUCACCUGUGAUAGGAGAUAAACUGGUCCAUACUGAGACAACAAAACAAUGUAGGCACAAUGAGAAACACUUGUUUAAAUGAAGUAAAACCAUAAAACAUAAUGAAAAUCACGGAUAUGUUAUAUUUAUAAUAUAACACAGAAGAAAAAUAUAACAAUAGUUUUGGCAAUUCUUUUACAUUCAAUCAAUUAUCCACAUGUAAAUUAUUGUCCAAAUUUGAUAAGGUGACCAGUGGCAUCUAGGAACUGCAUGGAUGUCUUUCUUUCGGAGUCGCGAUGGUCCUUCAGUCCAGUUCCCUGAACACACGGUUUCGGAUUUGGGGAAGGGCUCCGAGAACCAGUUGGGCACGCUGUGCCCUGUUCACUGCUUCCAGGUUCUUUACUGAGUUACGAACAGGAAGCUGUUGGGAUGUUUGUUUUAUACGUUUCAAUGUGAUGGGAUUGAAAUAAAGGAAGUGAUAUAGAUUGACACAUUGGACUCAGUCUAAUGUUAAUUACAUUGAUCUCUAAAAGAAAAUAUAAAAGUUAAUACAGUCAUAUAUGUAUCAACACCUCUGUUCAGCUCAAGAACUGGUUUGUAUGAACAACAAUGGAUUCGAACUUAAAUUGCAUUGAUUUCAAAAAUAGUUAAUUGAUAUGACUGGUUCUAUAUUAUUUUGUUGUUGUUUAUACAAUAAUAAGUAAUAAUUCCUCUACUCAGUAACAUGUAAUAGCUUUGUUUGUUUGUUGUUUAACGCUGCAUUCAGCAAUAUUCCAGUGAUUGACAUUAUGAGCAUCGAUCAACGCUCAAUUGGGAUACGAUGACAUUCAUCAACCAAGUUAUCUAGUCUGCCCACUCGAUUCCCUUAGUUGCCUCUUACGACAAGCAUAGUCGCCUUUACAGCAAGCAUGGGUUGCACUGAAGACUAUUCUACUCCGGAUCAUCACAAGUACCCGGUUUAGUGACCCUUAUCACGGUCACCCACCGGGGGACCCUUCUGACCCGGAUAAGGCUUUGUCUAGUAAUCAACUGGUAAUUAUUCCUUAUAUGGUGAACAAUUUAACAACGUAAACUGUAAAGAAAACUGUUGAUAGUCCUAUCAAUGAGUGAGUGAGUAUAGUUUAAUGCCGCUUUUAGGAAUAAUCCAGCAAUAUCACGUUGGGGGACACCAGAAAAGGGCUUCAGACAUUUUGCCCAUGUGGGGAAUCAAACCGAGUUCUUCUGUGUGACAAGCAAAUGCUUUAACCACAAGGCUACCCGACCGCCCUAUCAGGUGCCUGAAGGGUUGAACUUGAAAUGAAUAAUCAGUCAAGUUCUUAUCACUUCCUGUUUUAACAUGUUUAUUCAUGCAUAAUUGAAUACAAACGUGUAAUAACCUGCAGAGUUAUACGUGACUUAAGUUGCAAUACAAUGUUUUUGCCAUUAUACAGCCCUCAUAUGCACUUUAUACACCAAAUGCAUGAUAAUUGUGUGAAGCUCACCCUAACACCCUAAAGCUCACCCCCGCCCCCACAUGAAUGAGUAAGUGAAUGUUACUGAAACAUGAUCAGGAAAAACAAGUGACUGAAAGGAUGAGCAAUGAUACACUGAAAUCGGGUAUGAUGACAUGCUAUAAUCCCAGUCACAGUCUGAUCAGCCAGUAUGGACCUGUUCUAACCAGCAGUCAUCACAGAGAAAGUUGGAAGUAUAUUUCCUCUCAUAAGAAUUACAGCUGACUGAUUACCUUUCUUGAAGUAUCUUUAACAACACUACUUAAAACCAAAUAGGCUAUCCGACUGCCCCAAAAGGUAUGGAAGUAUAUUUUGACCAAAUAUGUUAUGGCACAUGAUAUCCAUAGUUCAUAGUUUAGGUCCAAUCCAUAUUUUUCUCUAUUCAAUUAUUAGUUUCUUGUACCACAUACAACAUAAAACGUCAAUACCAGAGAACAAUCAAACUUGAUUGUCUGCUGAAACAGUUUCCAUUUGGUGUGAAAGGCAAAACAGUGGCGGAAUUAUAAUGAAUGGAACACCAAACAUCAGUGAUAACACUGGCCAGUGGCAAAAAGGGUAGGCAUGUCCUGCUCUACCAGUAGCACCCACCACUUGCACAAUUUGACUAAUAAUCUCCAAUUUAUUCACUCAGGUCUACUUACUUGUACAAUAUAUGUUCAUUAAUCUGAACAACUAGUAUUUGCUAAUAGUUUGGCAAUGCCUGCAAGUUCAAAUGUUUAUUUGAACACAUCAUAAUUUAGAUAUUCUCUAUGUAAUACUCGUCACCAUAUUGCUGAAAUAUUGCCAAUGUGAUGUAAAACAUUUACUCACUCACUCACUCACUUUUUGUAAUACUGUUGUGAAUAGAUUAUGUCAGUCAUAUUUACUUUAUUAUGUUGUUUUACGUUGGAAUAUGUAUCAUGGUUAACAAAUACUGUAUCUUGUGUGAAUGCCUACUCCUGUAAUGCAAGUGUCAAUGUUUUUUAUUUGAUUACUAUUCAAUCAUAUGCAAAUUGUUGUAGGCAUAUGAUGAUUGCACUAUGUACUCAUCAAUCUUUAUCAAUCCUUGUAAAUAACUUUAUGUCACGCUCGAUGUUCUUUGUUCAUAUAUCCAUGUAUAUCUACAACUGAUUGUUAAUGUUAACUGACUCUGUAGCUGACUAAUAAACUCCUGUAUAUUUA